UCUCUUUCUCUUUCUAUACCGCCUCCAAGUUCUACAAGAACCCAUUCCCUCCUUCUUCUCUUUCUCUCAGACAUUAACACAAACACAUUUCCUGCAUCAACUCAGCAAACACUCUCUACUCCUUCCUUCCUUUCUUCCUUCAAGCUGGCGAUUGAAAAUCAAGACUCCACUGUCCCCCGGGAAAUCAAACCCAAGAACAGGAGAAUCAUGGGUGCUGGGGGUCCAGAUGAAGAGGAUAACAGGUGGCCGCCAUGGUUGAAGCCACUGCUGAAGGAGAGCUUCUUUGUUCAAUGCAAGCUACACGCUGAUUCUCACAAGAGCGAAUGCAACAUGUAUUGCUUGGACUGUAUGAACGGCGCUCUCUGCUCUCUGUGUCUGGCUUACCACAAGGAUCAUCGUGCUAUUCAGAUAAGGCGGUCUUCAUAUCAUGAUGUGAUAAGGGUGAAUGAGAUCCAGAAGGUGUUGGACAUCACUGGUGUUCAGACCUACAUUAUCAACAGCGCAAGGGUUGUCUUCCUCAACGAGAGGCCUCAGCCAAGGCCUGGAAAAGGUGUCACUAACACCUGUGAAGUCUGUGAACGCAGCCUCCUUGAUUCCUACCGCUUCUGUUCUCUCGGUUGCAAGAUUGUUGGAACAUCGAAGAACUUCCAGAAGAGGAAGAAACAUUCAGCGGCAAUGGCAUCAGAUUCAGAGGAUUCAUACAGCAGCAACAGCAGCCAUGGCCGCCACCACAACAGUAAUCAAGUCCAGAGUUUCACACCGUCCACACCGCCUCCAACUUCGGUUAAUUACAGAACGGCCAAGAGAAGAAAGGGAAUACCACACCGAGCCCCAAUGGGAGGAGGACUAAUCAUAGAAUACUAAGAAUAUAAGUUCGUUUGGUAUUUUUAGGUUUAUUUGCUAUAAUGCCCCUCAUAUAUGUCAUAUAUACACUAAUGGCAAGUGUCUCAGCAGCUUAGCUCGCAUAACACUUCCAAUGCCAAGCCCUUUUUUGCAAAACAAGAAGGGGUCGUCGCUGUUGGAGGUGUUCCAGUUCCAGUCAGCUAUCUCUGCUUUUCUGUAGUGGUUUUAGUGUCCUGUGUAUAUAUAGAAAAAUCCCAAUAGAAGUGGUAAAAGUUUGAGAAAGUAGAAGAAAAAGAAAAAAAUAAGACACCUGUGAAAUAGUUAAGGGUGCAGGGUGUACCGUGCAUGUAGCAAAAUAAGUAAGGCCUUUUUAGUAAAAAAUGGGGAAAUAUAGGGUUUGUUUUCUAGAGUAAUUAUACUUAAGUUUUGGGGUUGAGUUGUAAAUAUACUUAAAUAGGGCUGGUCUAGUGAAUGGUGGGAAGGGGAAGAAGACAAAU